CACUCCCGCAGUCUUUAAACGCAACAAUCCAAGGAGUGGUCCUAUGGAGAAUCCAUAAGACCUAAUACAGACAUAUUGCAAGGAGGAAUUCCUCAAUAUGAGUGCGUUUAAUUUCCAUGCUUGAAUACUUGAAUACUUUGCUGUAAUAAUGAAAUAGCCUUUAAGUGAAGCACUGGGCUGUUUUGCCUCAUAUUGGAGUAUUUUUGAGGCUGAAGCAGACCCUGGCCUCAUAUUCGCCUGCUUCCUCUUUCAAUUUGAAUUCAGGAAUUGCAAAUGUAAACUGUUCCCAGCUGCACCAUAACACUGCACAUUCUCACAUACUCUAUAUUGCUUUUUUCUAAUUACUUUUUGUAUAAUUUAGUGGGAACAGAUAGAGUAAUCCCUCAUUCUAAUGAGUGCAUGCAUAAGGAUCUUUUACAAAUGUAUUUCCGACAGUUGAAUGAGCAGUUAAUUCAAACAUGCAAAGCUCAAGCUGGGUUUUAUUUUAUUUGCCCCCUUUUACUUAUUUAUUCAUAUUAUUUCUGGUGGAUGACAGUGCAUUUGUAUCAAUCCAGCUGUAAAAUGUCUAAAUAGCGCCCUCUACAGGCAUAAAUAAUAUUUUAAGAUGGACCUGAAAAUUGUAAUCAUUAAUAUAAGCCUAUAAAUAUACACGAAUAAUGAAGGUGAUUAUACAUCACUCAGCUCAGUCCUCCAACCUUUUUCUUCUUUCAUUUUCACUGCUGCAUUCAGUGCAAUGGCCUCUUGAUCAGGCCUGCAACUAUUAUCCUAUUUUCAUUAUUGAUUAGUCUGUUGAUCAUUUUCUCAAUGAAUGGAUUAAAAAAUGGCGAAGAAUGUUGAUUGCUGUCUUCCCAAAGCUCAUGGUGAUGUCCUCGAAUGUCUAGCUUCCAGUUCAGUGAGAAAGGCUCAGAGCUGACGUAUGUGACAGCAAACCAAUGCAGUGACCCCCCCGCCGACAUUGACAGUGACAUUUUGUUCUUGCUCUUGCAGGAAUGUCUCAUUCUAAACCACUGCUCAUCCCGUGGCUGCGGUCCCACAUUGACAGCGGCAGGUAUCCUGGUGUCCAAUGGACCAACCCGGAGCGAACAGAGUUCUCCAUCCCAUGGAAACACGCUUUAAGACAGGACUCCUCCGACACUGACGUUCUCAUCUUUAAGGCCUGGGCAGAGGUGAGUGGCAAUGGUCGGGCUCAAGGUGACGCCUCAGUCUGGAAGAGGAACUUCCGCAGUGCCCUCCGAGCCAAAGGCUUCAAACUGCUCUCUGACAACAAGAAUGACGCUGCUAACCCCCAUAAAGUGUUUCGCUGGCCGGAUGAGUCAGGAUCAGCAGCUAACUCUUCUGCUGGAUCCCAGGACCAAGAUGACCUGGAUUUGUUUGAGGAAAUUGGCCUUCCUACACAAGAAACCCAGGGUGUCCCAUGCUUUGACAUCUAUCUUCCAGAAGAAACUGUGUUUUCAGCAGAAUCCACUGCCAACCAGGAUAUUCUCCAGGAGUGUCUGAAGGGACUGAACAUUGGCCCUGAAACAGAGGGCACUGCAGGCUUUGAGCCUCCUCCCGAGCAACAACAGCUCAAAAACCCAGUUGUGAUUGGUGGAGUAACGUUGCCUGGGCAACAGCAGUAUCCAGUACCGUUUGAGGGUGCAGUCGGUGAAGCUGGGUUGCCUGAGCAACGGGCACAUCCAAUGGAGGGAGCCGUGGGAGGGGCCUAUGAUGGGCAGUUUGCAGAGCAGUUCCUACAUACCAUGAACAAGACCAGAGAUGGAGAUAAUUUCAAGACUCAUUUCAGGGUUUCCGUGUACUACAGAGGGGUGAAGGUGUUGGAGCAGCUGGUCGAGAAUGAAGCUGGAAUCCGUUUAGUCUACAGCCCUGAACUCGUGGGGACAGCUUUGGUGGAUCACGAGUCAGGCCUCUCCCGGGUCUCUCUGCCAAGUCCUGGAGUCAUGCUGGAUCAAACUCAAGCUAAUCUGACCCAACGCAUCCUGGACAAGCUGGGCAAUGGGUUGGACUUGGGGCUGUCAGGUCACGUGGUCUACGGCCAGCGACGCGGUGAAAUCAAAGCAUUUUGGAGCGUGUCCAAGUUUGACAGGACCAGACAGCCCCAAGAGAUCUCUAAACUGCAGCCUCAACCGCUGUACAUGUUCAAGGACUUUGUGAGAGGAAUAAUGGACUUCAUUAAUGGUGGAGAUUGCCCUCCCUGCUCCCUGUUCUUCUGCCUCGGGGAGAAGUGGCCAGACCCAGACAACAGGCCUUGGGAGAAGAAACUCAUCACAGUGGAGGUGGUCCUGACUUCAAUGGAGUUACUGAAGAAAAUGGCGGUUGCAGGCGGCGCCUCCUCCCUGCAGUCUGUGGAGCUGCAGAUGUCGCUCGAGGAGAUGAUGGAGUUGUACUGAUACGCUUUGAAGAAAGUCAUUGUUUACCCCCUUUUUUUUCAUAAUCCUUAACCUUGAACAAAAGCAUCUCAGAUAAAAACAUUUUUACAUGUUUUAUGAACAUUUCAUAUCUACACCAAAUAAUAUAGAUCAGGUAGUAAUAAUGGUACUAAUAAUUCCUCUGGUGGUGGAUUUGCUGGUUCUACACAAAGAAAACGUUUAAGGUGCAAUUUUACCACGGUUAUAGAUAAAUAUAUGCUUAUAAACUAAUUUAUACUUUGAUAUUUUUUUUACAUAAAAUAAUAAUGUGAUUUUAUAAGAUAUUUCUUACAUUGGUGGGGUCGUUGGUGCUAGUGUUUCUAAGAUAGAAAAUGAACAAACAAAAGAGCUCCAUCACACAGCAUUAGAGGUAAACAGUAACUUCUUAUUUCCUCUUCAUUCUGACCCAAAUCAUGUGUUUGAAAUUAAAUAAGUCCACUCCUGUUUUCUGCUAUAAGGCAAAACAGGGGAUUUACCUUAAAACUGACAUGAUGGUAUGUAAUGUAAAUACAGUAGUAAAGUUAGUAAAGCCUGUUCAGUCAGAUUUCACAGUGCAGAUGUGAUCAGAGCAUCUAAUAAUAAUAA